GCAGCCCAGUACAGCUUUCCUACUCAGACAACAUCUGGCUCAGUGGGCAGGGUAUCCUCUAUGCAGCCAGCACAGUCAGGGCUCAGCUCAUUGUGAUCCUCAGCUUGCCUGGGCAGUGACACUACCCUCAGCCCCCAGGGAGCAGCAGAACCAGGGACAGAAUAACAUGCUCAGGAGAAAUGUCCUCAGAGUCCUCAGCAUCGGGCUGCUGCUGGUCUUCGCUCUCAAUCUCCUCCUGAUAUUUUACACCAAGAGGACUGUACAGGAGUUGAUCCUGGGGGACCGCCAGAAUAAGCUGCAUUUUGCUCCGUCCGAACUUAACUGGACAUUGAUGGACAGACUCUCUCGACUAGAGGCGAAUUUGCAGCAUCUGAAACAAACUAUGAAGCUGGCUGUGAAGCAAUCAGAAGAUGGGAUUGGCAUGCUGGCAACGGUGAAAGACGAAAAGCAUCCUUUUCCAGAUACAGCUCAUGCCAAGGAGGGUGGCUUCUUCAAGGAAAAUCCCCACAAGGUUCUCUUCCCAGACUCAGAACUUUUCAAGAAGUGGGGUAGGGACCUUUCUGAGGCUCAGCAGAAGGAGGCUGAGGACCUCUUCCAAAAGUUUGGCUAUAACGUGUACCUCAGUGACCGGUUGCCCCUGGAUCGUACCCUCCCAGAUACUCGAGAUUCCAGGUGUCAUUGGAAGCGGUAUCCUCCACAGCUCCCAUCUCUCAGCGUCAUCCUCAUAUUCAUGGAUGAAGCUCUGUCUGUCAUCCAGCGAGCCAUCACCAGCAUCAUCCAGAGGACCCCGCCUCGAUUGUUGAAGGAGAUCAUCUUAGUGGAUGAUUUUAGCUCAAAUGGAGAAUUAAAGGCAGACUUGGAUGAGAAGAUUAAGCUUUACAACCAGAAGUCUCCAGGACUCCUGAAGAUAAUACGGCACACCGAGAGAAGAGGUCUGGCUGCAGCUCGCAACACCGGCAGGGAGAUGGCCACGGCUGAUGUAGUUGCCAUCCUGGAUGCUCACAUUGAAGUGAAUGUUGGGUGGGCUGAGCCCAUCUUGGCUCGGAUUCAGGAAGACCGCACUGUGAUUGUGUCUCCUGUGUUUGACAACAUUCUUUUUGACACCUUUGAACUGAUUAAAUAUGCACUGGCGGUUGACGGGUUUGGUUGGGAACUCUGGUGCCGCUAUGAUGCACUGCCAAAAGCCUGGGUUGAUCUCCACGAUGUCACUGCUCCUGUGAGAAGUCCUUCCAUCAUGGGCAUCCUGGCUGCCAACAGGCUCUUCUUGGAAGAAAUUGGCUCUCUGGAUGGUGGGAUGCUGACCUAUGGAGGAGAGAACGUGGAACUUAGCCUGAGGGUGUGGCAAUGUGGAGGUAGAAUUGAGGUCUUGCCCUGCUCCCGAGUUGCCCACCUGGAGAGACACCACAAGCCCUACUCUUUAGACCUGAGAAUUCCCUUGAAGCGGAACGCCCUGAGAGUGGCUGAAAUCUGGAUGGACGAGUAUAAAGACAUGGUCUACAUGGCCUGGAACAUACCUCUCCAGAACUCCGGAAUCGAUUUUGGAGACAUUUCUUCCAGAAUGGCACUCCGGAAGAGACUGAAAUGCAAAACCUUUGACUGGUAUCUGAAAAAUGUUUAUCCUCUCCUGAAACCAGUCCGCAACGUGGUGGCCUAUGGAAGAAUGAAAAACACGUUGGAUGAACGCGUCUGCCUGGACCAGGGAGCUGUUCCAGGCAACACCCCCAUUGUGCAUCACUGCCAUCAAUACAGUUCCCAGAAUACCUACUAUCACCUAACUGGGGAAUUCUAUGUGGGACCACUGAUUGCACAGAGAGAUGCUGACGAUCGCUGCCUGACAGACCCCGGCAAAGGGGAGAAGCCCACUUUAGAGCCAUGUUCCAAGGCAGUCAAAAAUAGACUGAACGUACGUUGGGAUUUUAAACCGGGAAGAGCCGUUAUCAACAGAGUCACCAGGCGAUGUCUGGAGAUGAAGAGGGACAUCUGGGGUGGCUACACGCUUGUUCUCCGGGCCUGCACCACGCAAGUGUGGACAAUCCAGUACACUGUCCGAAACUGGGGGUCAGACUGAGGUCCAGUGAUGCUCAGAGAGCCUAGGUUCUUGCCACAGCUCCCAAUGCUGCUCAAAACAGAGAAGGGGGAGAGAAAGUGCAUGUGUGUGUGUGUGUGUUUACUGUAACUUCAGCUAGGACUAUCCUGAAAGGUGCAAAUCGACCAGUAAUUUUUUUAAAAAAAGCCCUCCAUCCAUCCAGCCCCACACCCCAUAGCAGGUUUCUUUGGAUUACCCCGUCUCUCCCACAGGGGCUGA